AUGGCGCUUCGCUACCUGCUGCUUCCUGGUCGGGGAGGCUGCUGGGCCCGUGGCCUCCCGCUGCUCCUGCUGCCCGGCGGUGGCCCGGGGCUGAGUGAGCGUUUCUGCCUCCGGACGCUUUAUCGCUAUCGUACAACUCAUACAGUAACCAGCAGAAAUUUUCUUCUGACAGAUGUAAUUGCUGCUUAUCAAAGAUUCUGCUCUCAACCUCCAAAAGGAUUUGAAAAAUACUUUCCUAAUGGAAAAAAUGGGAAAAAAACUAGUGAGCCUAAAGAAUUUAUGGGAGAAAAAAAAGAAUCAAAACCACCCAAUACAUCACGUUCUUCUGGAGGAGGAGUUGGUGGUGGAGGAAAACGAGGUGGCAAGAAAGAUGAUUCUCACUGGUGGUCCAGGUUCCAGAAGGGUGACUUUCCAUGGGAUGACAAGGAAUUCAGGAUGUAUUUUCUGUGGACUACUCUGUUUUGGGGUGGUGUCAUGUUGUACUUCCUGUUCAAGAGUUCUGGGAGAGAAAUUACUUGGAAGGACUUUGUCAAUAACUAUCUUUCCAAAGGAGUAGUGGACAGACUGGAAGUCGUCAAUAAGCGUUUCGUUCGAGUGACUUUUACACCAGGAAAAACUCCUGUUGAUGGGCAGUACGUCUGGUUCAAUAUUGGUAGUGUGGACACCUUUGAGCGGAAUCUGGAAACUUUACAGCAAGAACUGGGCAUAGAAGGAGAGAAUCGGGUCCCUGUUGUCUACAUUGCUGAAAGUGAUGGCUCAUUUCUUCUGAGCAUGUUGCCUACAGUCCUCAUAAUUGCUUUUUUACUAUACACAAUACGAAGAGGGCCUGCUGGUAUUGGUCGAACAGGCCGGGGAAUGGGUGGACUCUUCAGUGUUGGAGAAACUACUGCCAAGGUUUUAAAGGAUGAAAUAGAUGUGAAAUUCAAAGAUGUGGCUGGUUGUGAAGAGGCCAAAUUAGAGAUAAUGGAAUUUGUGAAUUUUUUGAAAAACCCGAAGCAGUAUCAAGACCUAGGAGCAAAAAUCCCAAAGGGUGCCAUUCUCACUGGUCCUCCAGGCACCGGGAAAACACUGCUAGCUAAAGCCACAGCUGGAGAAGCCAAUGUCCCUUUCAUCACAGUUAGUGGAUCUGAGUUUUUGGAAAUGUUUGUUGGUGUGGGUCCAGCUAGAGUCCGAGACUUAUUUGCCCUUGCUCGGAAGAAUGCCCCCUGUAUUCUUUUCAUUGAUGAAAUAGACGCCGUGGGAAGGAAGAGAGGAAGAGGCAAUUUUGGAGGGCAGAGUGAACAGGAGAAUACACUCAACCAACUGCUUGUGGAAAUGGAUGGAUUUAACACAACGACAAAUGUAGUCAUUUUGGCUGGCACCAACAGACCAGACAUCUUGGAUCCUGCGCUGAUGAGACCCGGGCGCUUUGAUAGGCAGAUCUUUAUCGGACCCCCAGACAUAAAAGGAAGAGCCUCUAUUUUCAAAGUUCACCUCAGACCCCUGAAACUGGAUAGUACCCUGGAAAAGGAGAAACUAGCUAGAAAACUUGCAGCCUUAACUCCAGGCUUUUCAGGAGCUGAUGUUGCUAAUGUCUGUAAUGAAGCUGCUUUGAUUGCUGCGAGGCACCUUUCAGACUCCAUAAAUCAGAAACACUUUGAACAAGCAAUCGAACGAGUUAUUGGAGGUUUAGAGAAAAAAACCCAGGUUCUGCAGCCGGAGGAGAAAAGGACUGUGGCAUACCAUGAAGCAGGCCAUGCGGUUGCAGGCUGGUACCUGGAGCAUGCAGACCCACUAUUGAAGGUAUCCAUCAUCCCACGUGGCAAAGGAUUAGGUUAUGCUCAGUAUUUACCCAAAGAACAAUACCUGUAUACCAAAGAGCAGCUUUUGGAUAGGAUGUGUAUGACUUUAGGUGGUCGUGUAUCAGAAGAGAUUUUCUUUGGAAGAAUUACAACUGGUGCUCAAGAUGACUUGAGAAAAGUAACUCAGAGUGCAUAUGCCCAAAUCGUUCAGUUUGGCAUGAAUGAAAAGGUGGGGCAAAUUUCCUUUGACCUUCCACGUCAAGGAGACAUGGUAUUGGAGAAACCUUACAGUGAAGCUACUGCAAGACUGAUAGAUGAUGAAGUACGAAUACUUAUUAAUGAUGCUUAUGAAAGAACAGUAGCUCUCCUCACAGACAAGAAAGCUGAUGUGGAGAAGGUUGCUCUUCUAUUGUUAGAGAAAGAAGUAUUAGAUAAGAAUGAUAUGGUUGAACUUUUGGGCCCCAGACCUUUUGUGGAAAAAUCUACCUAUGAGGAAUUUGUGGAAGGAACUGGCAGCUUGGACGAGGACACUUCCCUCCCAGAUGGCCUGAAGGACUGGAACAAAGAGCGUGAAAAGAAGAAAGAGGAACCCACGGAUGAAAAAGUGGCCAGCCAGAUGAAAGGGGGGAUGCCGUUCUAA